GACCGAGCUCCUUCGCACGUUUUCUCAAGGUCUGCUACACAAACAAUGGACAUUAGUCACGUUACCGAUCAAUCCUCGUCAAUGUCUAGACAGCCACUCUACGAAGUAUUCCUGAGCUUUAGUGGGGCGGACAUGCGCAGGGGCUUCGCGGAUUUCAUGUACACCAUGUUGACUGAUGUUGGGAUUAGCGUCUUUAGAAUUGAGGAAGAGCUGGAGAGAAGCGAAGAAACCUUCCCCCAGCCGAUCCAGGUGAUAGAGCAGUGCAAGAUAUCAAUACCCAUCAUCUCCAAGGAGUAUGCGUCCAGCCAGAGCUGUCUCCUGGAAUUGGAGCAAAUGGUGGAGUGCAUGGACAAUAAGAGUCGCAUCAUCAUCCCCAUCUUCUACUACAUCGACCCGUCGGACGUACGCAACUGCAGCGGCCCUUCUGAGAGGGCCUUGGAUGAGCACGAAAAGCAGAACUGUAUCCCUCCUCUCCAUCGGAUCGGAGAGUUGGAGGGACACCAUCUCCACGAAAAAAGUGAAGUGUCUCCUGGCGAAGUCGUAAGGCAAAUUGUCUGCCAAGUUGAGCAGAUGCUGAAGAAGCAGGACCUAGUUGUGCCGAAACAAUUAGUUGGAGUCGACUCUCAUGUGCAAGGCAUAAUGGCUAAGCUGAAGGUUGACUACCGCAAUGGGCAAGCGGUUAAAAUUGGGGACUCAAGUGUAACAGUGGUAGGAAUAUUUGGCAUCCCCGGGGUGGGUAAGACGGUUCUGGCCAAAUAUGUUUAUAAUCAACUUUAUCAUCUGUUCGAUGCCUGUAGCUUUCUUGGGGCGAUCCAAGCUGAAAUUGAUCAUCACGGCAUCUUGUCUGUUCAGAACAAUCUAAUUUCUGACCUUGAUAAAGGAAAUGCCAAAAAGUUUGAUUCUUCUGAGAAAGCUCUGCUUCAUAUUCGGAAAAACUUUUGCACCGUGAAGGUCCUCGUUCUUCUUGACGAUGUGACUAAUCACGAACAGCUCAGUGCAUUAGUCGGAGAGCUUGAUUGGCUUGGCCCAGGGAGCAGGGUCAUUCUAACAUCGCAAACACAAGACGUCCUUAUAAACAUCAAUGGUGCGGAAAUUUUUGUCCUUGAACCGAUGAAGCAAGAUGAAGCUCUGAAAUUGUUCCAUAGGCAUGCUUUUGGAACGGAUUCUCCCUAUGAGGAUUACAACAAACUGUCAACAGAUAUUGUUGCAGCUACUGGCCGGCUUCCUUUAGCACUCGAAGUGACAGGUUCAUCUCUGUUUCUUGUUAAAUCAAAGAAAGCGUGGAGGGAAACAUUGACUGCAUUGGAAGUUGCUCCUCACAAGAGAGUCCGAGAAGCCUUGGAGAAGAGCUACAACAACCUAGAUGAGAGUGCACAGCAGAUAUUUCUUGAUAUAGCAUGCUUCUCUAAUGGAAUGGACGAGAGAAUCCCCCAUAACAUAUGGGGUGUCGAUAAUUAUUUUCCUUCUACAUCAAUUCAAGCUCUUCAAGCAAGGUGUUUUGUUGAAAUUGGAGAGGAUAAAAAACUACUCGUGCAUGAAAUACUGAAGAAGUUUGGCCAGGAAAUUGUCAAGAAUGAAAACCGCAAUGAACCUUUUAAGCGCAGUUGGCUGUGCGAUCGCAAAGAUGCACUGCAACUGAAAAGAAGGAAGGGUACUGAGAAAGUCAAAGCCCUCAGGCUCAAUUUUGGUGAUGGAUCCGAAGGGAAUACCAUUUUCAAAUAUGAUCAUCUUGUUAGCAUACCGAACUCGAUGUACCUCAAGCUGGAUUGGGCUAAUAACCAGGGAAGCUUUAAUGUUCUUCUUCCGAAAUUAAGGUGGCUUUCUUGGCAUACAUGGCUCAAGGAUUCUUACAAUCAAUCGCCAGACAGUCGGGUUCACAAAGACUGGGGUGGUUGGAAGUUUUCUGAGGAGGUACGAAAUGAAUUUACUAUCUUUUCGCAUUUUCUCUUUUGACGAUGUAUUUCUCGGAACUCAAAAUUUACCAUCAUAUCCUAUUUAUCUUUGCCGGCAAGGAAACUGAAAGUUUUGACCCUAACUCCUUGUCGCCAGUUGAGGGCCACUCCAACAGUUGGUGAUCUGAGAAUUUGGUUUAUUUGAAUAUGAAGGGGUGCAGUUUCCUCUAUAAAUUGCCAGAUUGGGGUCCCAUGAGAGGCCUGGAAGAGCUGCU